AUGGGUCUUUCCGACUUCUUCUCUGCCGUUUCCUCCCUGGGUUUCGCCGAGGCCCAGGCUGAGGCUCCCGCCGAAGACGUCGAGACUUCCACCCCCCAGGACGCCGAGCCCGCCCAGAAGACUGGGGAAUCCACCGAGGACUCCUCUGAGGAGACCAACUCUGCUGAGGAGACCCCUGAGGAUUCCUCCGAAGAAGCCCCCGAGGCUGAAGAGGGUGGGGAAGAGGAAGAGGCUGAGGCCGAGGAGGAGGAAGAGGAAGAGGAAGAAGAGGAGGAGGAGCCUGAGGACAUCAAGCCCAAGCUCGAGGAGGAUUGCGCUCACUCCGCUCAGUGCGCCCCCUACAAGCACCACUACGACGAGUGUGUCGAGCGCGUCACCCGCCAGGAGGAGGAUGAGGACUUCAAGGGUCCCAAGGAGGACUGCGUUGAGGAGUUCUUCCACCUCACGCACUGCGCUACUGCCUGUGCUGCCCCCAAGCUCUGGAGGGAGCUCAAAUAA